AUGAAUGUGGCUGACAAUGCUGUGGUCUUUCCUCAAGUCACAUAUCAACACAAUGGUACGAUCAAGGUUACGUGGGACAAGGCCAUGGAACAGAACUACUUGCGGCGCUGUCUGAAUGUUGCCGUUGAACGAUGUCCGCAGUUGUCGACCAACGUCUCCUUGCACAGCAUGCGUCGAGGCGGGAGUUUCUACCGUGUCUUUGAGUCCCAAGACAAGCGAUUCAAUUUCCGCGAAUUAAUGGCAUGGUGCCGUUGGGGUGACGCGAAGACUUGCUGUGAAUACCUUGUGACGAAGAACCUCAGUGACGAGGUUGACCCACGAAACCUGCUUUUGAAUUCCAUGCGAGCUCGAACGACACUGGUGCCGGCCCACCCUCAGGUGCCAUCGGCCGACGCAAUUGCUGAAGCAGUGAUGAAAAUGCUCCAAGAUCAGAAGCCUGCACAGCCCAGCAAGACAACAUCGGCGACAAAGCAGACAACAUUGGACGUUUUUGUCGUACCAAAUACCAUCUCAUCAGCCCGGUCAGCGCACGAAGCGUGGUGUCAGUGCUUUUACGCCGAUGAGAUGAUCAAGGCGGACCGCAAGAAGUACUCGGAACGAGUGACACUCUCGCUUGCUUUCAAGAAGUUACAGACCUACGAGCUGUUUGAAAGCGCAUAUGCAGGGCACACGGAGACGUACAGUAGUGUUCUUAAGGAAGCUCGCCAGAGGAAGAGAGAAAAUAAGUUGUAA